UUAAUAUCAUAGGCUAGGCAUCGAAGUGUCUCCUGGUUUAAUAAAAACUGACUCUGCUAUCUGUCAUCUCCUCGUGAUGUCUGGAAACAGGAAACAGGAAAACAGAUGAGUCAGCAGCCCGGAAAAGGGAAAUGUCAACAAAACGAGGUGGUGUUUUUGAACAUUUGGCAGAAAACGACAGUCUUGCAGACUCGGAGGACUACGAGAAGAGGUCCUCGCUUGUAGCCGCACGUUUUAAAAUCUACAAACAAAGCAGGCAGUGCGCGGGCUCCAAUUCAAAAAUCGUAUUAUACAGUAUGAUCAAAUAUCCCGAGGCGGACGACAGACAGGUGCUUCUGAGAGGCAUGAAUGACUUUGCAGUUCUCAACACGGGGCGGAAGAUGCCCCUCCUUGGACUGGGGACGUGGAAGAGUGAACCCGGAAAGGUGAAACAAGCUGUUAUCUGGGCAUUGGAUGCUGGGUAUCGCCACAUCGACUGUGCAGCCAUCUAUGGCAACGAGGGCGAGAUUGGCGAAGCCCUGCAGGAGACCCUCGGCCCCGGCAAGGCACUGAGAAGAGAGGACGUGUUCAUCACAUCCAAGCUGUGGAACAACCGGCAUCACCCGGAGGACGUGGAGCCGGCCCUCCUGAAGAGCCUGAAGGACCUGAAGCUGGAGUAUCUGGACCUCUACCUCAUCCACUGGCCCUACGCCUUUCAACAAGGAGAUGCGCCUUUCCCCAAAAAGGAGGACGGCACCCUGCUGUACGACGACAUAGACUACAAGCUGACUUGGGCUUCCAUGGAGAAGCUGGUAGAGAAGGGCCUCGUCAGAUCCAUCGGCCUGUCCAACUUCAACAGUCGGCAGAUAGACGACGUCCUGUCGGUCGCCAGCAUCAAACCCACCGUCCUGCAGGUAGAGAGCCACCCGUACCUGUCCCAGGGAGAGCUGUUGGCCCACUGUCGGGACCGGGGCCUGGUGAUGACGGCCUACAGCCCUCUGGGCUCCUCUGACCGGGCCUGGAAGCAUCCGGAUGAACCCGUCCUGCUUCAGGAGCGUGUGAUGUCCUCCCUCGGGGAGAAAUACAAAAAGUCCCCUGCUCAGAUUAUCCUGAGGUGGCAAUCACAACGAGGAGUGGUGACAAUCCCCAAGAGUGUGACAGAGUCCCGUAUCAAAGAGAACAUUCAGGUGUUUGACUUCACCCUUGAAGCAGAGGAAAUGCAGAGCAUUGAAGCUCUGAACAGGGGCUGGCGCUACAUCGUACCAAUGAUCCAAGUGGAAGGAGAACGAGUCCCACGGGAUGCAGGACAUCCUCACUACCCUUUCAACGACCCCUACUGACGGCGUCUACCGACACGUUUGUGCCUUCAACACUCCCAGUAACGCUAAUAAAUGUUCCUACUUUCUUUAGAUAAGUUCCAAGCCUGCACUUAUCAUUAGAAGUUCAAGUUAUUGUUGGUGAUAAAGACCGGGAAUCCUGGUAUGACUGUAUACAUACUACGUACAGUACUUUUUUAAAUAAACAUUUUGUUACUUCA